CACACACACACACACUUGACCCCGCCUCUCUCGCGCAGGUCCGCUCGUGAUAAACGAGCGCGCGCGACUCCUCCGGCGGAGAAACCGCAUCCACGAGGAAUCAACUAAACUGCAUCCCUGUUUAAAAAGGUCUCUACGAGCGGUGUUCCGGCUGUAAAGAUGGAUGGCAGUGGAGGUGAAUGGCUCACCACUCCGGUGCCCUCGUGCUGUCUGGACAAUCUCACCAUGGAGAACUCCAGCAUGGGCCAAAUCUACGAAGUCGUGCUGCAGUCGUCGAACACGACUAAGCGCAAUCCGCAGUUUGUUGGCGUGGAGCUCCUUCAGUCUUUUAAACCCCUCAUCAUCCCUUGCUACGCUCUCGUGGUCCUGGUUGGAGUUUUUGGGAACUACCUGCUGCUUUACGUCAUCUGCCACACCAAAAAAAUGCACAACGUGACCAACUUCUUCAUCGGUAACCUGGCGUUUUCUGACAUGCUGAUGUGUGCUACCUGCGUGCCCUUUACGCUGGCGUACGCUUUUAACCCUCGCGGCUGGGUUUUUGGAAGAUUCAUGUGCUACCUGGUGUUCCUCAUUCAGCCGGUGACCGUGUACGUGUCUGUUUUCACACUGACGGCUAUUGGGGUGGACAGAUACUACGCCACGGUCCACCCCCUGAAGAAGCGCAUCUCAGUUCUGGCCUGCACGUAUCUUCUCUCUGGGAUCUGGAUUCUGUCGUGUGGCCUGGUGGCUCCCGCUGUGGCCCACACGUACCAUGUGGAGUUCAAGGACGAAGGUUUCACCAUCUGCGAGGAGUUCUGGAUGGGUCAGGAGAAAGAGCGGCUAGCCUACGCUUACAGCACGCUCUUCAUCACCUACGUCCUUCCUCUGUCCGCACUUUGCAUCUCCUACCUGUGCAUUUCAGUGAAGCUUCGCAAUUGCGUGGUGCCAGGUCAUCGCACCCAGAGCCAAGCCGAAGCCCAGCGCGCUCGCAAGCGCAAGACGUUUCGCUUGGUGUCUUUAGUCGUCGCUGCUUUUGGGAUCUGCUGGCUGCCGAUAAGUGUCUUCAACGUUCUCCGGGAUAUCGAUAUAGACCUGAUCGACAAGCGCUACUUCCUGCUGAUCCAGCUGCUGUGUCAUUUGUGUGGAAUGAGUUCGUCUUGUUGUAACCCGUUUUUAUACGCAUGGCUGCACGAUCGUUUCAGGGCGGAAUUGCGCAAGAUGUUCACCUGCCAUCGCCGGAUUGGCAUCGGGAUUCCUGCAAACAACUGCGCCACCGCUAGCGUGGUUCUCUGACAGAAAAAGAGCGCAUCUUGUUAGCUCAAAGACUACUGAGACUAGCAGAACGCUUGGGGUGCACACUUUUGGAAAGGAGAAAGUGUUGUUCACCCUGGGCCAUGGCUGGAACCGUACCAUCUGUAAGGUUCCUCCACAUGCAUCUUGCUUUAGAUGGACACAGAUGGUCUUUCUUGGACGUACAAAGCGUGCGAGAAAGCCGUUGGAUUUAGCCGCAAGAUUUCACCAUGCUGUCUGUGAUCUGGAUUUCCUAAGAAAGAAACUGGAUGGCGGUCACAUUGCAGAGAGACGGUCCUUAAAAAUACUGCCACAGAAACAUGCAGAGAACCAGCUUUCGGAAAAAGCAAAUGCUUAAGCUUUAAAAGUUUAUUUUAAUGCCUUUCAGACUGUGGGAUUAAACGAGUUUAAACUGCAUGUGUUUAUACAAGAUGUCAUUGAAGAUACAUUUGCAUCAAACAGAUAAAAUAUUUAAAAAGAACACGACCUAGAAAUACUCGAUGAAAUAUUAAAAUGCUUUAGGAAUGAAAUGAUUUCAUACCUUUUCAGGCCUUUAAUGUUUUUUGUGCUCAUGACCAAGUGUGCAAAAUGUGUGUACAAAUGAAUUCCAUUUAUAUACAAAAACACUUUUGCACAAACAAAAAGUUAUUUUCAUUUUGCAGCCGAUAAUAUGACUGGAUAUUGUAAUGUUGUUCAAUUUGUUCAUUAUUGGUCCAAGAAUGCAGUAUCGUCUCUGUUCUGACGCAAAUGAUGAACUAAACGAAAAUGUAAAAAAAAGAAAGUGUGUCUGCUGACAGAAAGUUUCAUUUGUGUGAUCAUAACUGUACAAUUUUGUAUAAAUUUAUGUAGCAUUGCAUUAAUAAACAGUGUCUGGAUUGGCGGUUA